AUUUAAAAACAGCAAAAUGUCAAAUGUGAAAAGAAAGAGAAAUAUAAACUCGUUUCUCUUCAAUGGGGCUGGAUACACAGAACUCAACAUGAAAGAGCCAAGGUUUUCCAACAUGGGGUUCGGCAAUAAUGUCUACCAACGAGACUCGAACAUGACUUCACCUAAGUUCGGAGAGUUUAUGAAUAAUAAAGGACCUAAAGAACAGAAAAAUAAAAUUGACCUUAUUCAGUACAGGAACAAAGCAAGAGUUACACUAAGAAGCCAGAAAGCACGAAGGAGGAAGACCAAUACUAAACCAACCAACCUUGGAAUUCAUGUAGAGCAAAGAAGCCAUCAGAGGAAUAGAGCUGAUUUAAAUGGAAUUAGAGAACAGUGUGCUAGUUCAAGUGCGCUUUCUAAAAUGUACAAGACUCCUCCUACUGUAGAGAAGAGUAAAUAAAGUGAUAUCAAAGGGCAAUUCCAUCAAGUGUCUGGAAAUCAUAAGUAAAUAAGAUCGCAUCCCAGACCAGACAAAGUAGGACAAGGAAGGGAAGUAGGUUGAACAAGACAUAUGAUAGCCAUUCUCCUAUUAUUUCAGGGUAUAACCGUGGCAAUUCCGCAACCAACGCUGAAAAUGAACUUCUAUUCAAGAAAAUGGAAGGCAUCCGCAAGGAUAAACGCCAUAAAUAUGAAAAAGCUAUUAGUGAUAAACUACAGGAGUUGGAAAAUGAAAGAGAUGACUUUUUCUAUAAUCAGAAGUAUUCAGGCAAAACCGAUAAAGUCCAAAGCACGAAAGAUAACCUCCUCAAAUAAAGAUGAAAGCACAGCUACCUCUGCCUCUUUGGAGGAUUUUGUUAUUGGAAAAAUUAUAGGGCAAGGAGCAUACGCUGUGGUUAGGAUUGGAUUGCAUAAACCGACAGAUAAAUGAGUAGCCAUUAAAAUAUAUGAAAAAUCUAAACUAAUCGAGCCUCAGCGAAGAAAAAGUGUCAAAAGGGAGAUUAAGCUAAUGGAGAGAAUGUCACAUCCAAAUAUUUGCUCACUAUAUGAUGUUCUUGAAACAAACACCCAACUAUUCAUAGUCAUGGAGUAUGUAGGAGGAGAUUCCUUGCAUAGCUAUCUCAAAUCUCAACCAAAUAGAAGGCUACCUGAGAAAGAGGCCAGAAGAGUUUUUAAGCAAAUGCUUGGAGCUAUUAAAUACUGACACAGCUUAUGAAUCACUCAUAGGGAUAUAAAAUUAGAGAACAUCUUACUUGAUGACAACCUAAAUGUCAAAAUAAUAGAUUUUGGAUUCUCCACCAGAAUUCCUAAUGACAGGAAAGUCAAACUUUUCUGAGGAACACCAAGUUAUAUGGCUCCAGAAAUAGUAACUAAAAGCGAAUACUGAGGUCCUCCAGCAGAUAUCUGGGCAAUGGGAGUACUUCUCUAUGCCUUGCUUCAUGGUAGUUUUCCGUACAGAGGAGCUACUGAUAAGGAACUAUACACCAGAAUAUGAAGCUGUGAUUGCUAUCUUGGAGACCAUCUCUCCAGAGAUGCAAGAGAACUCUUUAAUAAGAUCUUUGUAUAUGAUGCUGAAAAGAGGCUCACAGCAGAAAGUAUGAACUUUGAUCAAUGGAUUUCGCCUCCGUUGAGCAUCAAGGACAAGGUUGCGUCAAUUCUUGGAGAGAGUAAAACCAGCACAUAUGCUAGUUCCAUGAAUAAAGUUUCAAAUUCUAACAUUGAAGAGACUGGGUCUGACAACAAGCCUAAAUUCUACCGGAGAGAUAUUACUUCUAAUGAAAUGGAUCUUUCAUUGCCAAAAGCAAAGAAUAUGAAAAGGAUUGGUAACAACUUCAGAAUAAUUAGGAGUCCCAAAGCCAACGAGGAGAAGAAAAUCAGUCUCCUUAGGGGAAACAUGGCAACACGGAACAGGAACAUCAUGCAUAUGGGUACUACUAAAAACAGUUUUCUGAAAACCCAGAAGAACAAUAAAAGCCCUCAAGAGAAGAUGAAUAUUGCAUUAUACAAUAAGACAUUUUCUGGUAGAAACACAGGUAUGAGCAGGAAGUCCCAGCUCCAGAUCAGAUACCUCUCUAAUGAUUCCAGAAAUGAUAAAGAUAUGGUGUUUUCAGAAAAAUAUGCUUCUAAGAAGAGCAUGAAUCUAGACAAAAUUUUAGAAGAAAAUAGAGAGAAUGCAGGAAGCCAAGCCACAAUUUGUGCUGAAUCAAAGAAUCCUAGCAAAAACAACACACCAGCUAUUGAUGGUAGCAAGGAAGAGAAAGAGGGUGAUUUGAAACCCUUAGUGACUCAUGAAUCCCAAGAAGAAUCUAAAAUUUCACCGGAGAAUAUUUUUGUAUAUUAUGAUUCUGAAGUGAUUCACCACUUGCACACAACAACUAAAUUGUCGCUGAACGAGAUAUUUGUGAAACUUCAAAGUGGAGAUACUGAGAUGAACAAUAUGUAUACAAAAUAUCUCGAAAACAAGAGGAAGAUCCUCAAGACUGUAUAUCCAAGUGUGAUCCAUUCUGCCAUCUCCUCCCCUCAAAAUAGCAACACAAGAGAGGGUAGAAAUGGAAAUCUCAAUAUAAAUCUUGACCUAUCAAAUGCAUGGGUGGGCAACAGAGGUAGGAAAUCCAUCAGAGGGAAAGUACUGGACAUGGCUUCUAAGAAUUUUUCGAACUCAAGUCAGAUAAAAUCAAAAAUAUUCAAAGGGAACUCUCGUAAGCCUAACAAAUGGGUGCAGAGACAAUUUCCUUUAUAG